CGGCUGUGCAUGUGAUUGUUGGUCUUCCUCAAAAUGGUCGCUAAAAAUUGCAUUUUCACACAUUAUUAUGCUUUAUCAUUGCUCCUUAUACCAAUUCCGUCAUGUUGGACGCUUCAAGACCAACAUUUUCGCCGGGUCUCGUUUGCUAAGAACAACACUUGCGCCUCUCCACUCAUCUAGAGAAUCAUCGCUCUGUACUAAUGGACGUAUUCUACACUAUAAACUCUACAUCUCUAACCCAGCAAAGAAUCCUGAUGUCGCAAAAGUAUUUCACAAGUUUAUGUCCACUGCUUCAAGCACUACACUAGAAAAGCCAGGACAGAAGCAACAACAACUCAUCAAAAAAGCCAUACCUGCUGUAGAAGAGGAGGAGGAGGUAUGGCGGCAGCAGAAAGUAGAUUUAAAAUUGUUGCCUACCUACUACAUGAGGCUGGCCAAGAUACGCUUGACAGGCAUGGUAGUACUGACAGCAAUGGCAGGGUACGCCUUAGCCCCAGAGGCCAUACACUUGGAUACAUUUAUGUGGAUGUCUCUAGGUACUCUUCUCUGUUCUUCCUCAGCUAAUGCUAUCAAUCAGUGGAUGGAAAUUCCAUUUGACUCUCAAAUGGCAAGAACACAGAACCGAGUACUGGUCAGGGGACUUUUAAGUGCAUCCCAUGUUCUUGCAUUUGGCAUAGUAACAGGAGCAAUUGGAGUAACUAGUUUGUUAACUCAAGUCAAUGGUCUUACAGCUCUUUUAGGUGGAGCAAAUCUUCUUUUAUAUACAUGUAUAUACACACCCCUGAAGCGCUUAAGCAUCGUUAAUACAUGGAUGGGGUCAUUAGUUGGUGGAAUCCCUCCUCUCAUGGGAUGGGCGGCAUGUACUGGGUCACUCGGUCCAGGAGCUCUGGUGUUGGCUGGAAUACUCUAUUCCUGGCAGUUUCCUCAUUUUAAUGCUCUUAGUUGGAACCUACGGCCAGAUUAUUCUCGAGCUGGUUAUAGAAUGAUGUGUGUCACAGAUCCUGCCUUAUGCCGUCGAGUAGCCUUACGGCACUCAAUUUACCUAAUAGGCUUAUCAACUCUACUUCCCCUGUGUGAUGUCACGUCAUGGUGGCUUGCAUUGGACUCUCUUCCUCUUAACACCUACCUAACAUGGCUUGCUUGGAGAUUCUAUCAACAAUCUGAUAGUAAAUCAUCGAGAGAACUGUUUCGCUUCAGUCUGUUACAUCUACCGGUCUUGAUGUUACUCAUUAUGUUUCACAAGAAACCCAAGAAAAACAACAGAGAUGUCGUAGAUACACUAGACGUUGCCAUAGAAACAUAGAGAAACUGGUUACCUUGGAAACAUGAGUAUGAAUUUAUGAGGAAAUGAUACCCUAAAUAUAGCCACAGAAAAACCUAGUUGCCAUGGAAACAAACCCAAAAACAAUUCAAUAAAUUUAUGAGGUUGCUAUGGGAACCUAGAUAAUAGAGUACCAGCUAUGAUACAAAUCAAGGAAGCUCAGUUAAGCAAACUCCAAGCAACACAACUGAAAAUAAGUUUUAUAAUUGCUGAAAUUUUAUUUUAAAAUAUUUAUAGGCAUUAUUGAUUGUGGAUAUAUUUUUUAUGAAGCCUUUUGUGAAGGAAUUUAUGAUUGAAUGGAAUUCUCGUGUUGGUUUUAUCAAUUUGUUAAAGUACAGCAUGGCUGCAUAAAGUUGAAAUGUAUAGUAAUAUUACAGGCUGUGGGUUAAUCAUGAUAAUAUAUGUUUUAUUAAUCCCAGAAAGUUUUUUUAUUAUUUUGUGUUGAUUGAUAUUUACAUUGGUCGAUAAUUUUAUUUUACAGCAUUUUGGUUUAUUUGAUACAGUUGUAUUACAGGGGCUUAAAGUAAUGGCCAGAGAAUGUCCAGCCAGAACUGGGACUUGUGUGGUCAAAUCUUUACCUUGCUGGUCAUUUUGAACAGUAACGUUUAGCCAGAAAUGAGGUAUGACUAAGCUAAAACUAAUUUGGCCUGUUAUCAUGACUGGCAACUGAUCUGUCCUUAUUUUAAGCCCUGUAUUAUUAUGCUGAUAAUUCACUCAGCCAGUACUUGAAUUUGUGAAUGGUCUGAAAUGGGGAAACAUUGCACACCCAAGGAUAAGAGGUCGGAAGAGUGAAUCUAGCUACAGGGAAGUACAAAGAAAUAAAAAGAAUGCUGAGAGGACUAAUCCAUGAAGAAGAUAUUAUUAAAAUGUGACAUGCUUAA